UGUGAAUUUUUUUUGAUAAAAAUGCAUGCAUUGGUUUUUUCCCUCAAAUAUAAUUGACAAUGAAUAAAUAUAAAAUGACAUUCUCUGAGCUUCUUCCACUUACAUAGUGUAGGUAAAUAUAUUAUAUUUGUAAUGGUAUAUGAAGUAAUAUAUAGUAGAUAGAAUUCAUGCACAGAUAAUUUUCUUAAUUAUAAAGCAGCAAGUUGGAUAACAAAAAAUGUUCACUUACUGAAGGAAUAAAUAUCCACAUGGGUAUGUAUACAAUUAGGCGUAUUAUAUAUACAAACUGGAGCUAUAUAUAUAAUUAUGUGUGUGAACACAGAUAAUUAAUAUCAUAUCUGCAGUAUCAAACUAGUUUCUACAUGGGGCAAUCUGAGGGUGCAGCAAAUCAGAAACAACUUUCUUUGCCUGCUGAAGUUGAAUGUGACAAUUAACCUAGUUUGUAUUUUCCUUGGAAAUUUUUCUUUUGUUUCUAAAUCGGGGUGUGCUAAGGAAAUUAUUAUACGCAUAAGUCCAUAAUGCCUCAGCUGAUAUACAUUUUGAGGAUUAUUCUCAAGGCGGUUUUAAACUUAAAGAUUGAUAGUUACUUCCACGAUUACCCUUUACAGAGCAAAGAGAUUGAAAGUGACCUUCAAUAUACUCACUUCAUUAUGCUGUAUAUUUUUGAGGGUAAUUUCUCAACUUAAUUAAUUAACCAUUCCUGUUUUUAUGUUUUGUUUAUUUGUUUGCCCCUAAAGUUUAGAAAAAAUGAAAAAAAAAACCCACACUUGUAGCCUUGUAUAUAUAUACACGCAUUGAGAUCGAUCAUAAGUCUAUCAGAUCAAGUUCAUUAAUUCUCUUGCUUUUCCUUACACUCACAACACCAAACACAAUAUGGCUGGUGCAAGAUCAAAGGCUGAUGUUACCUCUCCUCUCAGAUAUGAUGAACGCUUACGAAUUCUUGAGGCUGCCACAGAGAAGAUGAGGAAGGAGGGUGCACUUGAUUCAAACCUCAACCUUGGUGUGAUGGCUUCUCGAACCGUGAACUAUGAUCGCCCUGAGCUUGAGCUUCUUGUUCGACUUGCUCAAGGUAAUGCUCUAUCCACACAACUGUUGAGAAACAGAGGAGAUCCCACUACUGAAGGUUUGAAGCUGACAAUUAAUGGUGAUUUCACAUCGGCGAUGGUAGAUGUGAAACCUGCAAGUGAGAAUGAAAGCUCUGGCUCUUCUCCAUGAUGCUGCUGGCGAGGAAAGACAGAGGACUAGGUCGUAUAUCAAGAAAGAAGACAAAUUAUACUCUACUGAUAUGGGUUUGAUGCAUAUACUACUUUAUUGUAUGGUGAUAAUAUCAUCUGAUGCAUAUAGUUUAAUAAUGUCCGGUACGUAAAUAUUAACUGGUAAAUGUUUUUAUUUUGACAACUCUCUGUUUCUCUCUCUCUAUUUGGUAUAUGAAGUAUACCGUUGAAAAGUU